CUCCUCCCAGAUCUCCAGUCACUCGAAGAGUCGAAAUCGAACACCGAGCAGUCUCAAACCGCCGCCAACCGCCGACGAACUAGAGAUGCCGACCGUCGACACCUUCAAUUCGAAGUUCGAAGUUCGACUUCGGCACUUCGCCGACCCAGUUUUGAGUUUUCCUCCAUUAAUUCGAACUAAAAAGAGACGAGCAGAAGCAGCUCGCAUUCGGGAGAAAUAUCCUGAUAGAAUUCCUGUGAUUGUAGAGAAGGCUGAAAAGAGAGACAUUCUGGACAUUGAUAAGAAAAAUACUUUUUUGGGAUUCUUAGCACUUAUUCGCGAGAGAUGAUUGACGAGCUAAGAGAUAUGUGGGUGAAAUAUUUAAACAAUCAAAAAUGAGACGAUGGAGAUUGAA